UUUGGGAAGCAAUGAUGGUGCAGAAAUGUCAUGUCUGGAUGAGAGCAAAAAUGCUGGAGUUACCACAGGAAUUAAAAACAACAAGGAAAACCAACAGCAAGAGUUCAGUCCUGUUCAUCUGCAUAGAAACACCCAUGUUCUGUCGAGAGAUGCCCUAAAGACUGAUGGAUAUAGUAGUGUCCAAAGCUGCUUGGUUGAAAGGCUCAGUUCCCCUCUUGGCUCUUUUCAGCCUUCGCAUAACUCUUUGGGCAUCCAGAGUGGGCUAAAUAACAGGCACCCCAUUUCUAAUUCUUCAGUGCAUAAUCCAGGACUGGUUUUAGUCUCAACCACUCUUUCCUCCGUCAGUAUUUCAGAUAUAGACAUAAGUACCACUCCAGAUUGUUUAUCAGCGCUGGCCAACUGGGAGGAUGUGGCUUUAAUACCAGCAUCGCAAGAUGAUGAAAGUUUGCAGCAGGAGGAUGACCCGAACCAUAAGACUUCAUUAACCGUUGAAGAGAAGAUGGAUCUGAAUGAGUCGCACACGAUGAACUUGGGAUCUAAAAGUGUUGCGGAUGCUACUCUGAAUCUGGAACUCCCCAAGUCUGUUGUGUACCAAAGCCCCAGCACUACGAUUUAUAACAUUAGCAUAGCCCCAAAUAAGUUCUUGGAUACUUCUGCUUUUAAGCUUCCCACUGCAAAAGCAAGUGCUGCUUCCAUUGAUGUGCUAAAUGGAACCCCUUUCAGAUUGUCAUCUAAAGCACACAAAAGGAAGCCUUCCAGUCCAAAAUCAGUUCCUCCAGCAAAGAAACCACCCUUUAUAGUUUAUGAAGACAAAGGCGCAACGCCUAGUACCUCCCAGUUAGUCAGGAGGCUCGGUUCCUACCGCGUCCCUUCCGGCGUCUUAAACUCCUCAGUCAACUUAAACCAGCCUUUAAAGGCUGCAGAGACUGGGAGAGUGACCCCUCCUUUGUGCAGAUGCGGUCGAAGGGCCAGAAGGCUAAAUGUUUCGAAUGGUGGUCCGAAUCAUGGCAAAGCAUUCUAUAGCUGCCCAGUUGGAAAGCAGGCGGGGAAUAGAAAGGGCUGUGGUUAUUUCAUAUGGGAGCAUACUCUUCAAAAGGAGAAGCUCACACUCCCUACCUCCAGUGCUCUGGGGCUGCCAGGUCCUGGACACAGUUUCAGUUCAUCAGGAAAUUCUGAAAAGAAGACCCUCGUUCUCCGACCUUCUAUGCGAACCUAGCCAAGGACUACCUCCUUGAUCUCCUUCUUCAUGGAGAAAAAUGUCUUACACCAUCACAAAUGUAAGAGGCUAUUAGCUUUGUUUCCCCAUCUUAGAAUAUUCUUCCAGAUCGUGCUGCAAAUGGGCUGUCUAUAAGCUUCUAAAGUGAAAAGUAAAAGGAUGGGCAUCCCUGAAAGGAUUUUGACAGUAUUGCUGAGGAUAAACCAAAUGAGGAUCAGUAGUUGGUCUUGCCUUUUAAAGUUAUCCUGCUUUUUCUAUAUUUUAGGUUUAUCACAGAUUAUGUCUCCAUUACUAGAUAACUGCAAACACAUGCAUGCUCCAUGAGAAUCGGUAGCACAGGCUUUUGGAACACUUGCUUUUUAAAAGAAAUAGUGCAUAAAGAAGUUAUCAUGGUUUUAAGUUUUAUAUCCAUAUUGAUUUUUUAUUAGUGAAGUACAAUAGAAGUGUGGCCUGGAAUUCUGGAGGUUGACUUCCUUCCGGUAUAGCAGCUUAAAUUCCACAGUAAAAGUGAAGCACUUUUCUUAUCUUAAUGCUCUAUUUCUGCCAAAACAUGUUUUGUUUACUUUGGGGCAUUACCACCAUACUUGAGGCUGGUACACAGCCUGUGGGAAAAGUCAGAAGUUUAAAUCAAAGACAGGAGCUAACAUAAACCCACAUCAAUCAGAAAGUAAAGAGGUAGAAGUUCUAUAACAAAUUAAACAAACUCAGCACAUUAAAUGGAAUGAGGUUGUUGCAUAGCAUGGCAGGAGAGUUCUGUGACUUACUUCUUGAAUGCAUGAGAAACCUGGCAUUGACUUGAAAAUGGUUGCCAAUAUUGUGAAAUACUGUGCCUAUAGUGCUUUCAGUGUCCCAGGAGAUAACCCAUAUUGGUCCGGACUGGAAUUUUUUAGCUAACCAUUUUUUAUGAUCUGAAUUAAGUGAAAUAAAAUAUGAAAUAAAAACAAUUUUCUGUUUUAA